AUGUUUUUAUUUUGCGAAAUCAAUAUACGUCAGAUUCGUCACGUUGACCUUCAAAGUGUUGGAAUAAGUUUGCGCGGACUCGAUAGUACAGCUCGCGAUGCCGAAAGAAGGAGACAGAAAGCCCUUCGUGACCUCAAUGAGCGUCUGAGUAAAACGAAGAAGCUGGAAACAAUCGCGUGGGAUGAGGACGCUGAAGACGAGAACAGCGCGCCUGGCAUUAGCUCAAAACACAGCGAAAAUAAGUUCAAAGUUAUGGAAGCAGUACCGCUUUUUGUCAUACUCUCUACAAUCGUUCUUUCGACCGGGUUUGCUUACGGCGAUCAAGAAAACACAGACCUGGCCAGGGAUGGUUUCGUUCGUGACUUCGCAAAACAGAGGUUCGCAUUUGCAUUUGCUAAUCGCUAUCCCGAAAUCUCUGAGGAGAGAUCUCGGUUCGCACGUGAUCUUGACAACUCUAAAAAGUUCUCAUUUGCCAAGAAGAGCCCAGAUUUCAGUGAAGAAUCGCGUGGAUUCGCCCGCGAACUGGAAGGUAACAAGAAAUUCGCAUUUGCAUUUGCCAAACGAUUCGCAGGCCCCCACAAUGAAGUUCGUAGACAGGACAACGGUAGAAGCAAUUUUGCUGCUCCUAUGUCUACAAACGUUCACUCUAUCGCGACGAUCGGCUCAUUCGAUUCGCCAGGCCAAGUUUUGCUUGAGAAGUUGUGGGAGACGUUGGGUUGCUCCGUCGCUUCAUCCUUAACAACAUCACCUACAUCAAAUCAAUAG